CUCACUCAAUCACUCACUCACCCACCCCUCCUCUCACACCAACAGUGGAUCAAUCCCGUUCGAACAUCCAACGUGCCCCCCCAUGUGAACGAGGCUUCUUUGCACCGUGCCAGUUUGUCCUUUUCCGCCCACGGCAUUUGCUCCUGGCUCCCUUCGAACCAUACGGCUGCCGUCCGGGUCACCGGCCGUCUCAUGAUCACUUGGCCAGCAGCACGCCGCCUCCUCGCGCACCCCAGCCAUAACUCUUACCGUCCUCGACAGGCCCUGAAGUCCCCGACAUCCCCCACCCCCGGCAUGUCGAGGCGAAUGACGAGAGCGAGCCUAAAGGCCGAGCUGCGGAAGGAUGAAGGCACUUCCUCGAGUCCAUCCGUUCCCGAGCCUUCGCCCCCGGCAUCGGGGCUCGCAGGGCCGGCGCCCCUCCGCCUCCCAGACCAGACCUCCUGGGAGCAGUGGCUGCAGCGCUCGCACGGCGAGUCGCCGGGCGUGUGGCUGCAGUUCGCCAAAAAGAACGCCGAGAAGCCGACCGUCACGUACGACGAGGCCCUCGAUGUCGCCCUGUGCUUCGGCUGGAUCGACGGCCAGCGCAAGACCUUCGACGCGCAGCACUUUGUCCAGCGCUUCACGCCGCGCAGGCGGAACAGCAUGUGGUCGCGGCGCAACGUCGGCAAGGUCGCCGCGCUGACCGCGGCGGGACGCAUGACGCCCGCUGGCCAGGCCGAGGUCGACGCCGCGAGGGCGGACGGUCGCUGGGACCGGGCGUACUCGUCCGCGAGCGUCAUGGAGGUGCCCGCCGACUUUGAAGAUGCGCUGCGGGGGAACGCCGAGGCCAAGCGGUUCUUUGACGCGCUGGGCAGGACGCAGCGGUACGUGUUCCUGUGGCGCAUCGAGACGACGAGGCGGCCCGAGACGCGCAAGAGGAAGAUUGGCGAGUUCGUGGACCUCCUUUCGCAGCGUAAACUCCUGCAAUGAGAUAGAUGGACACGGGGGCCUGAGUCGCGUGUCGUGAUAAUGAGUGUAUCUUACAGCCUGGCCGAAGACGCAGAUGAAUGCACGAGGGAGUCGGUUGGUUGUAUGCUGCGGCACCCCUAAUGCAAAACCCUGUUUCCCAUACCUUCGCCGGGUCGUCGUUGGCUGUCGACUCUUGGUUAAGGUGGUCAGCGGCCAAUUUGAGGUUGCAUGCUGGCUGUGGGUUGGUUCUAUUAUGCACUGCAGAGUGUUUCCCAAACUUGUUUGAUUCGGCAAGUCUUGUCUCUCCGGGGUCAAACUCAUCAAUACAUACAUGCAUGGCAUGCAUAGUGGAUGAACAUCGAUCGGCUUAAUGAUGGCGGUAUCACACAACUCAAGACAAUUGGCACUGAUAGAUUUGUCCCAGGUAAACAACCCAGAGAUGCUGCAUGUUUAAGAAGAUGGAGAACUGCAUGUACAAAGUCAACAGCGUCAUAAGUCGUCAUAGUUUAGCAGGGUGGGCGGGCUUCUCCAAUAGAAGACAAAUUGAAUGUUUCGCAUGCAAAAGC